GUCAAACUUGAGAGUUGUUUUUGUGUUUAUUCUGUCAAAAUUCCAAUGCCGCUGGAUUCUGUACACAUUUUAAUUAUUUUAUUAUUGAGGCAUAAAUAUUAAUAAUGGUUUUCAAAUUAGUGCGAAUUGAUUCGCCUUCGCCUUGUAAAAUACCACUGGCGAUCGGGACACACGUGAUUGGGAGAGGGAAGUUUCUUCACAAUGACGACACAGAUAAGAGAGUUUCACGAAACCAUGCCGAACUGGAAGUGACCACUGAUUCAGUAAACUUAAAAUCGUUACACCAAAAUCCAUGUUUCUACAUAAAGAAGAGUGUAGAAACCCACUUAUUACAGCAAGACAGCACAGUUCUCUUAUGCCAUGGGGACAAAUUCGGCCUCUUACCAGACCACUUUUGGUACGAAGUCCUACAUUGUCCUGAUCCAGAUACUCCAAGCCCGGCUACCCCUGACACAACAGACAAGGAUAUACAUAAUGGAGAAGAAGCGGUAAUAAAUUGGAAUGAAGAAGUUGAGGAACAAGAUAAUGUGCCCCCAGAAAAUGGUUCAACUGCUGAAGAAGAAGUUUUACGUUUUAGUGAAGAACAACCACUAGUCUUUGAGCAGAACUCUGAAGAAGUUAAUGGUACCAGAUCAGCUUCACCUUCAUUGUUGAUUGCCCCAGAACCAGAUCAGCCAACAGACGUCCCAACAACUUCCAACCUACCUGAUAUAGCUCCACCUACUCCCGACUUGCCUGAUUCCACUGACACAGAAGACUAUAAAGUACCAAUCAACCUGCCUGCUGUGGGAACAAGGUCCCCGGCUAAAAGAGACCACAGUCCCAAUGAUACCAGUCCUGUGGAUUUGAAGAGAGUGAAGAAUGAACGAGUUAGUGAUGGCGAUGCGGCAGGACCGAGUAAUGACCAACCUUCAUCAAACACAGACACGAAACCUAACGUGGCGUCGCCAGCACAACCAAAACCACGGUUAAGAGAACGAUGUUUAUAUGGAGAGAACUGUUAUCGACGGAACCCGCAGCACUUGUCCGAGUUCUCGCACCCUCGCGACGCGGACUGGGGCGCGGGCUCGCGCGGCACGUGUCCGUACGGCGCCGCGUGCCGCCGCCGCGACCCGCGCCACUGGGCCGCGCACGACCACCCGCCCGGCACGCAGCCGCCGCACGCCCGACCAGGUAAUAAACGGAAAAGGAGGCAAAGACAAGAUUCUGUGUCUGAUGACGAAGAAAGACUUGAUAAUCUUAUUGUGACUGGGAAGAGAGUAAGGAAGCCCAUUCAAAGGGCGAGUUGGAGCAGCGCGGAGUCGGCUAGCGACGAAGAUCCAUACAAAACAGAUGAGUCUGAUGAAUGGCAGCCUGACAGUAAUGUGACGAACAGCCAAGAUUAUUCACAGGAUUUAUAACAGAUGCAACCAUGAAGUGAAUCAAUUACAGUUAUUUUUUCAAAGA